AUGUUGAGAAUCAACAUUUUACUGAUUCUAGUUUUUCUCACAUUGGCUUGUUCUUCGGUUAGAGCCACUGUCUCGUAUGAUGAUAAAGCCUUCAUUAUUAAUGGGCAAAGAAAGAUUUUGAUUUCUGGCUCCAUUCACUACCCAAGAAGCACUCCUCAGAUGUGGCCUGAUCUUAUACAGAAGGCUAAAGAUGGAGGAUUGGAUGUUAUACAGACUUAUGUAUUUUGGAAUGGGCAUGAGCCUUCUCCUGGGAAAUAUAAUUUUGAGGGAAGGUUUGAUCUUGUCAAGUUCAUUAAGCUGGUGCAACAAGCAGGCCUCUAUGUUCACCUCCGCAUUGGCCCCUAUGUCUGUGCAGAAUGGAACUUUGGGGGAUUUCCCGUUUGGCUAAAAUUUGUACCAGGUAUAGAAUUUAGAACAGACAAUAAGCCCUUCAAGGUGGCUAUGCAAGGAUUUGUUCAAAAAAUUGUGAAUAUUAUGAAGUCAGAAAAAUUGUUUGAGCCUCAGGGAGGUCCAAUAAUUAUGUCACAGAUAGAAAAUGAAUAUGGACCAGUUGAAUGGGAAAUUGGUGCUCCUGGUAAGGCUUAUACAGCAUGGGCAGCAAAUAUGGCUGAGGGACUGAACACUGGUGUCCCAUGGAUCAUGUGCAAACAAGAAGACGUCCCGGCUAAUAUUAUAGAUAGUUGCAAUGGUUUUUACUGCGAAGGCUUUCGUCCUAAAAAUCCCAAUAAACCCAAAAUGUGGACUGAAAUCUGGACCGGCUGGUAUACACAAUAUGGUGGUCCAGUUCCUCACAGACCUGUAGAAGACUUGGCUUUUUCAGUGGCUCGGUUUGUCCAGAAUAAUGGUUCAUUCUUCAAUUAUUAUAUGUACCAUGGAGGAACCAAUUUUGGCCGAACAGCUGCAGGUCUUUUCGUUGCCACAAGCUACGAUUAUGACGCUCCAUUAGAUGAAUAUGGACUACCGUCUGAGCCAAAAUGGGGCCACUUAAGAAAUUUGCAUAAAGCAAUUAAGCAAUGUGAACCGGCUUUAGUUUCAUCAUAUCCAACCGUAACCUGGCCAGGGAAGAAUCAAGAGGUUCACGUAUUCAGAUCAAGAUCUGGGGCUUGUGCUGCUUUCCUUUCAAACUAUGACCCUACAUAUUCUACAAAACUGAUGUUCCAAAAUCAUCCAUAUGAUCUGCCUGCUUGGUCCAUCAGCAUUCUGCCUGACUGCAAGACUGAAGUAUACAACACUGCAAAAGUUAACGUACCAAGCUCAAAGGCGAAGAUGACACCUAUAAGUAAUGGGUUAUCAUGGCAGUCAUACAAUGAAGAAACUCCUUCAGCUGAUAACAGUGAUGCACUUGUAAGGGAUGGUUUAUUAGAGCAACUAUAUGUUACCAGAGACUCCUCAGAUUAUUUAUGGUACAUGACAGACGUCAAUAUAGCAUCUAAUGAAGGAUUUCUAAAGAGUGGACAGUGGCCUCUUCUCUCUAUCAUGUCUGCUGGUCAUGCCUUGCAUGUUUUUAUCAAUGGCAAGUUAUCAGGAACCACGUAUGGGAGCUUGGAUAAUCCAAAACUGACAUUUAGCGAUUACGUGAAUUUGAGAGCUGGUGUUAACAAAAUCUCUUUACUCAGUGUUGCUGUGGGUAUUGCGAAUGUUGGUGUGCAUUACGAGAAAUGGAAUACUGGAGUGCUGGGUCCAGUCAGCUUGAAGGGACUCAACGAGGGCACAAGAGACUUGACGAAGCAGAAAUGGUCUUAUAAGGUCGGUUUGAAAGGUGAAUCAUUAAGCCUUCAUACUGUCAGUGGAAGUUCCUCGGUUGAAUGGAUACAGGGAUCACAAUUGGCACAAAAGCAGCCUCUUACAUGGUACAAGGCUACCUUUAAUGCACCAGAAGGAAAUGAUCCAUUAGCCUUAGAUAUGAUAAGCAUGGGAAAAGGUGAAAUAUGGAUAAACGGCGAAGGCAUAGGUCGACACUGGCCUGGUUAUAUAGCGAAAGGGAACUGCGGGGCCUGUAAUUACGCCGGUAUAUUCAAAGAGACGAAAUGCCAAAGUGAUUGUGGACAGCCUUCUCAGAGAUGGUAUCAUGUUCCACGUUCGUGGUUGAAACCAACCGGGAAUCUGUUAGUGGUGUUCGAAGAAUGGGGCGGUGAUCCGACUAAAAUUUCAUUGGUUAAGAGAACUGCAUAA